AUGGAAUUGACCUUGACAGAGAUUUUCAUUAAGGAAUGCUUGAAGCAAGUGUAUAGGAAACAAAGGAAAGGAACUGCUUUCAACAAAAAUGGGUGGCAAGCAAUAAUUGAGGGGUUUAAGGCAAAAACAGGAAAAAGGAAAAUCCCCUUUAUGAAAAAUUUAGACAUAAAGGAGGAGGAGGAGGAUGAUAAGGAUGUGUACCGCCCCACCAUUGACCUUCAAGAAGGAUCCGGUGAUAGUGAAGAGGAGCUAAAUUUAUCAGACAUUACAGCACCUAUAGGGGUCACUGAUGAGUUGUUGGGCCUGAAUGUCACCACAAAUACUGGUGGAACUAGUGGUGAUGGAAGUCAAGGCAAGAGAAAGAGGGUUGGGGGAGUUGGUGGGAGGAAAAAGCAAAAAGUUCCUACCUUAAUGAAAAUAGCCGAUGCGAUGAGUGAAAUAGCUAAGGAUAAUAGAGCUAAAAUAGAGACAGUGAACAAGAUUUUGGCAAAUGACAUAGGAGUUUUUGAGGUGGUGGCUCACCUAAAUGGACUUCUAGAAGUUUUUGGUGAUAAAGAUUUGCAUUGGAGAUGUGUCAAUCUUGUUCUGCACAAGCCUAUGUGA